CUGGACCUAGAAGACGUUGUGGAAAUAAGUCCUUUGCUAAGUUGCGUCCCGCUAGGUGACCCGUCAUAAUGGUGCUCAGGCGUCUCCUCUUUAACUUGCUAAACAACCCGCAGGUCAUCGAAAAGUUGUCCGAGUCUCGGCCUAUCCGUCGGGCCGCGCAACUUACUGCCUACGCGGUCAUGAAGGCCCAGCUUUCCGGUAAGGACGUGACCCAGCGGCUGCUGCGUUCAGAUACCGUGCGGCAGAUCCAGCAGGAAGUUGUUACGGGACCCGGGGCCCUGCGGGAGGUGGGCCGCAGAGUGCAGCGAGUCAAGGACUCCUUGCUCAAAGAAGUGAGGAGCGGCAUGCAAAAUGCCAAGCGCCAGAUUAAGAGAGGGGGCAGCCGGUAAACCCGCGGGAGGCGCCGGGCAUGUCCCCGCUCACAGCAUGAAGACUAUGAAAUGACCAGAAAAACCGAUCCGCCGGUAAAUGUAAUAAAUAUAUUUAAUAAACAACAAAGCUGCUAAAA